AUGUUCCCUCCUUACAUGGAACAAAAUAGAUUUCAAAAUGAAGGUGUCCUAUAUUACGCUCCAUAUUUAGUUUCUUUGGAUCAUAUUAUUAAGUUUUUCUCGGACUUAGUAAUGUAUACUUUAGGACAAAUAUCAAUG